AUGGAAUUUUCAUAUCAAGUUGUUGCUAGAAAUCUCGACACUAAUCCAAGAAGCAGCAAUCCAGUUACAGUAACAAUUCAAGUUUUACGAAACAAUAAUCCCCCAAUAUUUCAAAACGAACCCUAUUCUACCAGCUUCACUUCCCAGUUCUUAGCUAAUGCUGGGCAAAGGGUUUUUACUGUAACUGCUACAGAUGCUGAUACACAGACACCAUUAAAUCAAGUACAAUACAGAAUUAUUGGAGAAGGUGUGGCUGUGAAUCUGUUUAAUAUCGACGCCAAUAAUGGUAUAAUAACAACCAGAAGUAAUAUUAAUACUGAUGGCAAUGAUUACUAUAGAAUAUAUGUGGUGGCUGAAGAUGGCGGGAUACCAGCUCUAAUUGAUACAGCUAUUGUAUAUGUCAAUGUCACACGUAAUCUCAAUUCUCCUGUAUUUAAUCCUACUAUAUAUAGAAUAGGUGUGCCUGAUAUACAAACAUUAGGAACACCAGUGACAACUGUUUCUGCUACAGAUGCUGAUACCACAUCUCCACAAAAUAGACUAGAAUACCGAAUAACUGGUGAAGGAAGAGGUCCAGAAUAUUUCCGAGUGAACCAAAACAAUGGAGAAAUCUCUGUGUAUCAACCGUUAUAUACCGACACAACCAAUCCCACUGGAUAUAAUCUUACAGUGAAUGUUCGAGAUUUGGGUAAUCCUUCAAGACAAGGUACAAAUGUUGCUCAGGUGUUUGUCACCGUACAAAGAAAUCUGUUUGCACCUAGUUUCACAACUCAGAGCUGUUCUGCAACUAUUACCAGAAGUGUCCAGACAGGUACUUCUAUCAGCAGGGUCACUGUUUCAGAUCAAGAUCAAGAACCAUUUAAUAGAGUAACGGUAGAUAUUAUUGGAGAUGAGACAGCGCCAUCACUGUUCAGCCUUGAUACCCAAAAUAACAUACGUGUAAUCAAUUCUGCCAAUUUGGCUCUUGAUUCUACAAAUGUGUAUUCAGUGAGUUACUACUUACCUAUUACAUAA